AUGAAGCCGAGACAUUCACAGACGAACAAAGCGGCCAUCCAGGUCAUUUGUCUUGGCUCAGGAGGAGGACCCAGCGAAGACAAUGUGACGGGUCUCUUGGUGCGGUCGACGGCCACCGAAUGGGCUCGCGGCUCGCUGCUGGCAGUCGAUGCCGGCUCACAUCUCGCCGCCAUCACCCGCAUCUUCGAGAAGAACCUUCCUAACGAGGCACCUGCCCCGGAACUGCCUCCUCAAGAGAUGGAGACGGAUGGCAUAUCAUCUCCCACCUCGUCACCACCAACCAGGAACCCUAUACAACCGAAGACGCUUCCAGAACCCAUUGUUCUCGAUAACGGUCCCUUUGCCGGCCUGUCUCUUCCUCAUGCCUCCGCUCGUGCCAAUGCAGCUCAUGUCGUGCGCGCACAUGUUUCGACCUAUCUAAUUACACACCCUCAUCUAGAUCACCUCUCGGGGUUCGCCAUCAACACUGCUGCUUUUCAUGCUACAUCGCGACCGAAGAGGUUAGCAGCUCUACCGUUUACCGUCGAAGCUAUCAAGAGGCAUAUCUUCAACGACGUCAUAUGGCCAAAUCUUACAGACGAAGAUGGAGGUGUUGGCUUCGUCAGCUUCCAGCGCUUAAGAGAAGGCGGUGAUAUCAUGGUUGGCACAGGAGAGGGUAGGGGCUACAUCGAGGUGUGUGAGGGUCUUGGGGUCAAAGGCUUCAAAGUGAGCCACGGCAACUGCAUGAAGGAACCCUUACCAAGCCGCUCUCAGCGCGGGUCACUGGGCAGCAUCUCGGAGCCAGAUUACUCUGCAUUGAAGGGCUCAGACUAUCGAAAUCUGUCGAUACCACAUGUUUUCGGGACUCCAGGCGAACAGACCCCAGGGAGGAAUUACACUAGCGAUCCGACACCACAACAUUCGGUAGUCGAUAGUACCGCCUUCUUCAUACGGGACUACGACACGUCCAAGGAAGUGUUGAUAUUCGGCGAUGUCGAACCGGAUAGCAUUUCGCGCGUCCCACGCUUAGCUAAUAUAUGGGCGGAAGCAGCACCAAAAAUAGCCGAGGGAUUACUUGGGGGCAUCUUUAUCGAAUGCUCUUACGACGAUAGUCAACCAGAUGCUGUAUUGUUUGGACAUCUUGCACCGCGGCAUGUGGUUGCUGAGCUGAAAACGCUUGCACAAUUGGUCAAGGACGAAAAGACCACCAGAGCUUUGGAUAGAGCCCAACGGAAGCGCAAGAGAAGUUCGAAUGGCCUGAACAUAACGAUGGACGACAUAACCGACUACAAGAAACGGAGCAAAAGCGUCAUCACAAGAUCAUCUAGUAUGCAACCUCGACGUGGUAGUUUGCCUUUGAUGGUUCCCGAAGAAGGAUCGCAGGCCAAUACACCCGACCACACAGGUACAGAGAGAAGCACACCUGUGCCAGCAGAUGCACCACUCCAAGGCGUCAAAGUAGUCAUUAUCCAUAUCAAGGACACGAUGGAAGAUGGCCCACAUGUAGGCGAGCGCAUAUUGACGCAGCUUAAUGAGCAUGCUGAUGCGCUUGACGUCGAAGGAUUUGGCAAGCUCGGAUGUGAGUUUGUCAUCAGCAAGAGCGGAGAGGACUACCACUUCUAG